CCAAGGCUCAUUAAUUAUUUUCCAUAUCCCUUUUUUUCAAAAUAUAUAAAUAAAUAUUAUAAACUCUACUUAUAUAUAGUCUUCCAUCAAUAACAGGUUGGAUCUGAAUUCAUCUUCUUUAAUGGAGGAAAAAGAUUCACAACCAAAGUGGGAAAUUAAAGUUUCAACAAGAUUACGAAAGGCAAUUAGUGCAGACCAAAUAUUUUCUCAUUUCAAAGAUUUCUUUGGCCUUAACAAAUGGUUCUCUAGCUUGUCAACAUGUUAUGGCAUCUAUGGUGAAAAUGGUGAAGUUGGUUGCAUACGAUACUGCGCCGGAGGCUCUCUCCCACCGGAGAGUGGCGGUGCCGCUGGCGGAGAAGCUCCGGUGAGCUGGUCCAAGGAGAGGUUGGUGGCUAUUAAUCUAAUUGAGAGGACAUUAAGUUAUGAGAUAGUGGAUUGUAACAUUGGGUUCGAGUCAUACUUUUCGACGGUCAGGAUUGUCCCAGAUGAAGUUGAUGGUCAAAAUGGAUGUGUGAUCGAGUGGUUUAUCACCGUUGAUCCAGUUGAAAGGAUGACAUUUGAGGAUUUGGUCAAGAAGUAUGAAGUUGGGCUGCAGAGAAUGGCUAAGAAGAUGGAAGAUGCCCUAGCAAGUUCAUAACUCUCUCUCUCUUUUUAUUUUUUUCCUUCGUUUCCAUGGCUAUGUCAUGCAUUAAUGAUAUGAAUCCUAAAAUAUGCACCAAUCAAUAGAACCCGGUAUAGAAGUAUAGUUAAAUUGUGUGGAUACAAUAGUUUAUGCUUUGCAGGGCUUCGCUUUCAUUUAAUUCCAUAUGCACAUUUUUAAUUUGCUUUGCA